UUGGCAGUUGAGUGAGAAGAAAAUAUUUUGCAACGUUUUAAACAAUAAUAGAAAAGAAAUAUAGCGAAGAAUCUUUAACCGCAAAUUAUAAGCAAGAGUAACUCAAAGUUGCAGUUAUUGCGAGAAGCAGUGCCGAUUAAGGCUCAAUAGUCGCCAUGUGCAAAAAGACUGCAGCUAGUGAGUGUAAGCUGGGAGACAAUGUUCCCGGAGAGGACAUCCUGGUCAGUGACGAAGACCAAAUGGACACCGAUUCCGACGACUACUACUCAGAGAGCAGUUCCGACGAGGGCGCCUCCGAAUCCGACGCGGAAUCCGCCACCGGCAACCGAGUCACCCCGGACAUGAUCGUGUGGCUGAUGCUUAAGGAACAGGGCAUAAUCACACAGGAAAGGUAUAACGAGAAAGCUGAGAUCUGCGAAGAUGAUAUCAAAUCUUUGAUACCUAAAUUUCCUAAGGCAGAAUCGGAGAGUUCUGAAGAUGAAAGCGAGGGAGAGGAUUUGCUGAAGGCGUUCUUGGAGAAUAUUGCGCGGAUGAAAGAGAAGAAAGAAGCUAACUCGAAUGAAAGUCAAAAUGAAACGAAAGAUACCAAAGAUGCAGCUGCAAAUAGUGGAAAUAAUGUAAGUGAAGAAAAUAAAGCAACUGAUGAUAAAGCAGCUAAUGGUGAAGUUACAACAAAGCAAAAAGAAGAAUCACAAGAGAACAUUGAAAAGGUAGAGAAUAAUGUGCAAGAAGUACAGAAAUCUUUAGAAAGUAAUGAAAAGGAAUCUAAAGGUAAAGAAAAACAGCAAGAGACAUCUCAAAAUGUAAUAAAUGAAACUGUCAAUGAAAAACCAGUUACAAAGGAGAUUACCGUACCGAAAUGUCUUAAGUGUUGUAAUAUUUCAUCUUUGGUAGAAACUGCUGUUGAUAGCAAUAGACAGGAUGAUAACAUAACAACUGAAGAAAACAACAAAAAUCUAAUGAAUAAAAAUGAUACAGAACCAAAAGAGGCAAUCGAAGAUGAAGAACAACAGGAGAAUGAGGAAACACAAGCGGAGAAAUCUGAAAAGGCGGGUGAAAAAUCAGAGACAUCUGGUCCGGUCACCGCAAGAAAACUAGGAGCUUCAAAUUUAUUCUAA